UCAGUUAAUAAAAUGUCGAGAAAAAAUAGCAAAUGUGGUUAAUAAAUUACAAUUACAAGAAGAAGAAAGAGUAAGACAUAAUGAUAGAAUUAUUUCAGGAGAGAAUAAAUUGAAGAUAUAAAAAAUGAAUAAAUAUUACUCAAUCUCAAUUAAGUCAUGUCAAUGAAAUGCAGUCUAAUGAAAAUAUGUCAUAUUGUAUAGAAGACAUAUCUAACUGUACAAAUAUGUCUAAUUAUGACUUAUUAUGUUCAAUAAUUGAAGAAAUAGAACAAACAUCAUCUAGUUUGCAAAUAUUUCAAGUUCAAGGAUGUUGUAUAGUAAAAGAUCUUGAGAAAUUGAAGAAUCAAUUUUGUGAAGUAGAUUUAUCCACAAAAAAAAUUACAUGACAAAAUAGAUGAAACAUUGACAGAACAUGAUAUAGUAGAAAUAACACUAUCACAAAAAGAACAAAAAUUACAAAAAUUGGAGGAAGAGGUUGAUACAAUUCAUUUAAAAGUACAAGAUGUAUUAGAAACAUUUUUUUCUUCAAAAGAACAUAUUUUACAUGAGGUAUUGCAAACUAAACAAAGUGUGAACAAGUUAAGAAAAGAAUAUGAUGAUUUAAAGUAUAAACUAUCGCAAAAAUCACUUCAUUCAGAAUGCGAUAAAAAAACAUGUUUAUGGAAAUGUAGAGUAACUGAUUUACAAGAUCAAGUUAAAAUAUUACAACACGAGGUCAAAUGCAAUGAAGAAGCAAAUAAUUUUUUAAGAAAUAAUAUUCAGUCACUAGAAGAAGAGCUUCAUAUAAUACAUGGAAAAGCAGAUAAUUACAGACGAUCUCAUUCUAUAAAUAAUAUGAAAUUAAAAAAAAAAAUCAUAGAAUUAGAAAAUACUCUUAAAUUUCAAAAAGAAAUUGAAUGUACUCUUAGACGUGAAUUGAAUGAUAUCGAAAUUGAAUUAAAAAAAUCUAAGGAAUUAUUAAAUUCUUCUCACAAUGAAUAUAGUAUGGAAGAAACUUUGUUGCAAUGUAGCUGUUAUCAAUUUAGACAUGAUACAAUGACUGCACAUCAGUUAUUUAAAAAAUUAAAAAAUAGCAUAAAAUGUACAAAAAUUGGUCUUCAGGAACUUAAAACAGAACUUAAAAAAUUGAUUUGUGAAGAUUCUAAUUGUUGUUCUCCUGCAAGAUCAUUAAUGAAUUUAUUGGAAAUAUUACAAAAACAUGAAAGUGAAUUAGACAAUUGCUUUCAAGAAAUUGAAGAACUUAAAAAUACAUUAUAUUCCAAAGAUAAACUUAUAGAAAAUAUGAAGGAAAUUAUUGAUAUUCAAAAAGAUUCCAUUGUAAUGACACAAACUGAAUUGAAAGAACUUCAUCAAAAGUAUCAGGAAAAGAUCGAUAAUCAAAAUCAAAUAAUUUCUCAAUAUGAGAAGGAAAAGAAAGAUUUAUCAAAACAGAAUGAACUUCAAAUUCAAACUAUUGGUCAUUUACAAAAUGCUGUAGUGGAAGCUAAAAAAUGUAUAGAUCAAAUGGGAAAUAGAACAUCUGAAGGAAAAAUUGAAACUAUUCGCUUAUUGAUGAUAUAUGUAGAAGAAAUUCAAAGUCAAUAUAAUGAAUGUUUUGCAGAGGCAGCUGAACAGGACAAAUUAUUAGAGCUUCAACGAAAUGCAAUUCAAGAUCUUCAACAAAAAAUUAUUUCCAUGGAAUAUAAUAAUUUCUUAGCUAUUAACUUUAUUCAUAUUACACAUUAUUUCAUUUUAAAAACAAUACAGGAACAAUUGGAAAUUCGUGUAAAUGAUAUUCAAUCUCUAAAAAAUGAGAUAGAUACUCUGAUACAAUCAAAAUGCUACUUGGAGAAUAAAUAUUUAAAUACAAAAAAACUAUGGCAAGAAGCAGAAGAAAAAUUACAAGAAUUAAGAAAAGGAACAUUAAAAACUGAAUAUAAAAUAAAAACUGGAGAAGAUAAAGAAUGUCAAUACAAAAUAGAAGUUAAAGAUAAAAGCUGUAUUACUCAAAAUAUAUUUGAUUGUGAAAAUAUAACAUAUGACAAUAGAAAACAAUGUACAAAUUAUUCAUAUGAACACGACUUACAAACAGAAAUUGAAAUUUUAAUUGGAGAAAAUGAAGAUAUGAAAAAGCAAUUACAAAAAUAUAAAUUAGAUUUUGACAUAAUUGACAAGGAAUUGAAAACAGAAAGAGAAAACGAUAUUUAUAUUCAACAGAUUUCAUUUGAAUUACAGAAAUUAAGAGAUACAGAAUGUUGUUUACAAUAUGAAAAUGAACAACUUAAAUCUGAUUUAAAAAAACAAACAAAAAAUACAGAAGAUUUAUUGGAAAAGUUACAGUCUACCCAAGAAAGUAGUACGAAAUUUGAAAAAUUAUUAAAAAAAUUAGAAGACAAGCAAAUACAGAUUAAUGAUUUAUGCAGUCAAAUUUCGAAUAAUGAAAUUGUUAUAAAAAAACAAACAGAAAUUAUUGAAGAAUUUGAAAAGAAACUAGAUAUAAAGAACCAACAAAUCAAAGCAUAUUUAUCUGAAUUAAAUGAAGCAGAAGAAGAAAUGUCAACUUUACAUGAAAGAAUACAAUCUCUAAAAACAAUGUUAAAAGAAAAAUCAGAUAAUAUGGCUAAACUUCAAGCAGAUUAUGAAGUAAUAAAGAAUGAUAAUUCUAUAUUGAAAAUGGAGAAUAGCAACUUUGAAGAUAAAACUAAAGAAGAUAUUUGCCAAUUGAAAAUCAUGUUAAAAGAUCUCCAAAUGCAAUUAUGCUUUACUGAAAAUAACUAUUGUAGAGUUACAGAAGAUUUUAAUAAAGCACAAGAACAAUUAAUUAUAAUGACAAAACGAGAAGCUGAUUUACAAGAAUGUUUAACAAACAUGGAAAGAGAUUAUUGUUUAAAAUUAUCAAGUAUAGAGAAAGAAAAAGUUAUGCUUGGAAAUUGUUUAGAUAAACUCAGAGAUGAAUUGGAAGAAAUUCAAACAAGCUAUUCAUCAAAAAGUACUGAACAUUGCAAUCUGCAAGAUAUUUGUAAAUCUUAUGUAGAACAAUUAGAUAUUUUACAACAACAGAUUGAAGAAGAAAGAAAAAAAUAUAAACAAAUAGAAGAAUCAAAUCGUUGUAUAAUACAGCAAUUACAAGAAUACAAAGAACAAAAUAAUAAUCUUGUUAAGGAAAAAUCUAUAAUAGAACAAAAUAAUUGUGAAAUUAUUUCAGAGUUACGAGAGACACACAAAUCCUUAUUGGAAUUAAAAAGAGAAUGUCAACUAAAAAAUAAGUCUUUGGCUUGUAUAUCAGCAGAAUUAACAGAAACAGCAAUGAGUAGAUCAGAACUUUGUAAUCAAUCACAAUAUGUUGUUUCUUGUAUACGUAUUUGGAUGGAAGAACAACGAGAAUAUGUAAACAAACUUAGUGCAAAAUUAAAAUCUCAACAGCAGGAAUUAGUACAAGUUGGAUUUGAGAAAAAAAUAUUAAUAGAUGAAACAAAGCGAUUAAGACAUAUCAAUCAUGUAUUAAUGCAAAGAUUAAAAAGAGUAUAUCGAUAUAGUAAUAAGAAUGUUAGAAAUGUUUGUGUAGGAUGUCAAAUAUUACCAAAAAAUAUUGAUACACGUUUUCCUGCAAACUCCAAAUAUUUAUCAUCACAGAAGAAACUAAAUUUCAUGAAGGCAACACGACGUAUUUCAGUAUGCAAUAAUGGUUGGUUGUUUCCUAAAAUGAAAUAUUUAGUAAAUGAAUUGCAAAAAAAUAAUAUAGAAUGUAGUGAAAACUGUUUUAACAGGAUGAAUACAGAUGUAAGAUUAGAAGAAAAUCACGAUUGCGGUUAUCAAUCAUCUACGAGUAAAUGAUAUAUAGAAUUGCUAUUAUGUCUAUUAGAAUGAAAAAGAACUGUAUUUUGUAAUACACAUACAAAUGAUUAAAUUAUUAAUUUAUCAGACUA